AGUGUGACUCCUAAUGCGUUGAUCUGCAGACCAGAACACCAUCAUCUGAAUACAAACAAGAAGUGAAAGUAAAACUCCCCACACCUGAGACAUUUUAUUAGUGGAUAUCAGACGUCUCUGUUGCGUGUUUGUUAAAGGCAGAGUAAAUAUUUUACUACUAAUCUUCAGUGGUAAUUUGAAGCGGCAAAAGUGAUCGUAAAAAAUAAAUGUAAAUAAUUUUUAUGGUGUCCAAAGUGUUUUUCACACAAUAGCAACAUUGGCACAUCUGCUUUUAAUUAAACAAUAGUCACAAUGAAUCACCUCUUGUUCCUAUUAAUGUCAACGCUAUCUGCAUCCGUACAUUGUAUGCCAGUGGACCACAAUUCGCUUUCACCUUCAAGUCUCAUCAUCACCCCUUUCAACACACUAGGAGAUGCCUCACGUAAAAAAAUCGCUCAAGUGAUCAACCCAAAAAAAGCUUUUCCUUUAGUUGCGCCUUUUCCUGAUUCAGGCCGAACAUAUGCAGCUUUAGAACACGAAUCUCUGGUCGGCAAAGCAGAUACAGCCUAUGGACGUUUACAAGAGUUCGUAGCAGGGUUUUAUCACCCAAAACCAAUAGUGGAUACCAUACAAGAGCACGAAAAGUACGGAAAUGAUGGCGGGAAAACGAGAGUGGCUGCCACUUAUUUAAUAGGCGGUUUGGAGGGAGUGUCGAAUAUUUUGAACACUAUAGUUGAUGUCCCCUUUGAAGUUGUAAAUCAGUUUGGCAGGAAGCUUUCAGAGACUAGUGCCGCUGUUGGGGCGAAACUAGUGGGGCUGUAGAAUAGAAUAUUACUAUUGUGAAUAAAAUUGCUCAAUUUUUGUAUUUUGUUUAUAAAAAAUUAACGUGUAAGAA